GUGUAUACUCGUUCUUUUCAUCAAAAGCACCGUAGAAGAAACGUGCGUAUAGUUCAGCCAUUGACCACUAGAGACCCUUAUUCUUAGUUUUUACUGAUUUUUUCACAUUCCAUCGGCGAUCUUCCUAUUCCUUACUCAUGCCUAGUAUGCAGUAUACACAAAAACUUUUUAUACAUUGUGUAUAUUUCAAAUAUAUAUAUAAGCAGUGUUGUGAAAAGAAUGUGCAUGGCAUAAUUGGAAUUUAAUAAAAUGUAGGAAUUAAAAAAGGUAUGGAAUAGUGAGAUAAUUUGUACACGAAUAUUUUUAAAAUUUGUGCAAAUUAAAUAUAUUUAUUUAUGUAUAUGGUACAUUGUGGUUGACAAACUAAAAAGAUAUAUUUAAAAGAAUUUCAUCAUGAUUUCCAAAACUGUAUGUAUCACUCAAGAAGGCCCAGCAAAUGCAUUAGCCCUUAAUAAAGAUAACAGUCAAGUUGUUAUAGCAGGUCGCAAUGUUUUCAAAAUAUUUACUUUAUUAGAAGAUAGAUUUGAAGAAGCUUGUAAUCUACGCGUUGGGAAAAAUUUAAAUUUAAAUUUUUCUUGCAAUGAUGUUGCUUGGAAUCUUAUCGAUGAUCAUAUAUUAGCUACUGCAGCUACAAAUGGUGCAGUGGUAGUAUGGAACUUAAAUAAGUCAUCCAGAUCCAAGCAGGAACAUGUUUUUAUCGAUCAUAAAAGGACUGUAAAUAAAGUCAGUUUUCAUAUGACAGAACCUAUGUGGUUGAUAUCAGGUUCUCAAGAUGGUACUAUGAAAUGCUUUGAUUUGAGAAUAAAAGAAGCUACUAGAACUUUUUAUAGUAAUACAGAAUCAGUAAGAGAUGUACAAUUUUGCCCUCAUUCACCUCAUACUUUUGCCGCUGUUUCUGAAAAUGGCCAUGUGCAACAAUGGGACUUACGCAAACCAGACCGUUACUUUCAACAUUUCACUGCCCAUAGUGGUCCUAUAUUUGCCUGUGAUUGGCAUCCUGAAACUGCUUGGCUUGCAACUGCUUCUAGAGAUAAGACCAUUAAGGUUUGGGACUUAUUAGGUAAACCUAGUUGUGAUUAUAUUAUACAUACAAUUGCAUCAGUAGGUCGUAUAAAAUGGAGACCUCAAAGAAAAUAUCAUAUAUCCAGUUGUGCUCUUGUAGUAGACUGUAGUAUAAAUGUAUGGGAUAUUCGUAGGCCUUAUAUACCUUUCGCAAGUUUCAAUGAACAUAAAGACGUUCCGACCGGUGUUGCAUGGAGAGGUAAUCCACAGUCUUUCUUGUCAACAAGCAGGGACUGCACACUAUAUCAUCAUGUGUUCAAAGAUGCAACCAGACCCGCGAGUAAGGCGAAUCCGCAAGGGAUUGCGUUGAAUCCGAAAGGAGACAUUGUAUAUGCUUGUAAAGUAAAUGUUCAUGUUACAACUACAAUGAAACAAUUAACUAAUAUAAUGAGGAAGACACCAGCUACAAAUGAUACGUUUUGUAUGGCAUCUAGCGUUAUGCAUAGAUUUGCUAUAAAUAUGCCACGGGAACCAAAAUGGUUUAGAGCUUGUGCAGAAGGUUAUUUGCUUUCUGGGAGAUUAAAUGACAUUUGCGAUCAUAAUGCCACCGUUGCCAGAAAUGCCGGUAGAAAUGAUAUUAGUACGGUGUGGAAUAUUAUAAAAACUUUAUACGCGAAUCCUCUGGGAGCUAUUUUAAAAACACCUCCAACUGCUUCCAAAGAAGAUAUAGUGAAUACACUAAAUUUAGCACAAAUUACAAUCGGAUCUGGUAUAGAUCAAUCAAAUACAGUACAUGAAAAUGAUGUAAAGUCAUUACAAGGAGAAGUAACAGGUGCAACUAGCGGAGGUGACGAUGAGACAGAGACGGACGAAACACCAGAAAACCAACAUUCUAUAGGGUCUAUGUUACCUAGCUACAGACGAGCGUUUAUUGAUCAUAAAGGUCCAUCCAAAGGAGAUUUCUUAUUUGGAGAAAGCGAAUUCGAACCUAUGACUAUGGAAUAUACUUCCAGUUACAUGCAUAAUAUGAUAAAUAACGAUAACGAUUGGACACUGUCCAAAGAAGCUUUUCCUUUGCGACACGAAAUAAAGGACAGAUCUCCACCACCGGAACAAUUUCCAAAUCAUCCACCAGAUAUUAACGAAGACUGUGCUUCGUUAAUGAUCGAAGAUCAACCAAGUCAGUUAAUAGUCUCGAAUAUACCUAAACCACAAUUUUGGGAUCCUACGAACUUGAUUGAAGAAGCUUUAAAGCACCAUGCCGCUCUUAGAGACAUACAAACUUCUGCGUCGAUUCUUAUCGCGUUAGGAGAAAAACGAAAAAACUUGAACAUCGAAACUGCUGUUCAAGAACAUUGGAUAUUAGAAUACUUAGAUAUGCUUGCAAGAUUUAAACUUUGGAACGUGGCUACACAGAUUAUUCAAUCGGUCUGGAUUCCAUCCGUGUCGCAAUUAAAUCAACAAUCAACCGUAAUACACGCGUGUUGCUUAGCUUGUUCAAAGCCAUUACAACGUGCAGCGUGGUUUUGCGAUCGAUGUCAUACGUCUCAUCACGCACUCUGCUCGGUUUGUCAUCAGGUUGUUCGAGGAAUUUACGCAUGGUGUCAGGGCUGUACACAUGGUGGUCAUGUUGUUCAUAUGAACGAAUGGUUCAGUUGCAAUCGACAAUGCCCUACUGGUUGCGGUCACAUAUGCGAAUAUACUUAAAAAUAUCGUGACAAUAACGACCACAAUGUUCCACAGUUUUCGUCAGGGUUGAAAGCAUAGAAACUCUACGAAAUACCAAAUGUAUAUAAAAAGAUUAAAUUAUUUAUUAAUUAUA